AUGGCGGAAGAAGGAAAAGUUAGUAGAUGUCUAAAGUACACCCUGUUUGUGUUCAACUUACUCUACUGGGUACGUAGCUGAAAUUUUGCGGCAUAUUGUAUUCUUGUAGCGACAUAUCUAGUAUCGAUCUAGUAUUCCAUGCGUGAUUGUCCUUUAUCGACCAUAUGUUGACAGCUUGUCGGUAGUGAUCUCUGGUCCUUAAAGCGACUGAUAUGUUUUAAGAUAGUUAAUUCGAGUGUUAUAAGACCUCUAGUCGGGCUUGGCUUAUGCCUAGACGUCAAAUAGAUAACUAUUUAAGUUGAAUUCGUUCCUAUAAAUGUCCCACCACCACCUCAGAUCGGAGCGGGAGUGCAACAUUUUGUGAGAGGUGAUUAACGUCGACAAUAGAAGUAUGUGUGCUUCUGCCGAAAGCUACUGGUUAAGUUCCUUCAUCCAUUUAGGUUUCUUGGACCUCAGGCCUUUUGUUUUGAGAGUUGAUUCAACUUUCUCUCGAACCAUUUUAGUGCAUGCAAGGAUGGCUGAAUUCGUGAUAUGGAGUGCUGCGGUUUUCUUUUUGAACUAUAAAUCGAGUAAAGUACAUUUUGCUUCUGAGUAGGAUUUAUCUAGGAAUGAGACAGGCGCCUUUUGGUGUAACGUGUAGGUAUUCUAUCAGAUGAUGCGAUAAUCCACUGAUGUGAAAGAUUCCAGCAAGUUUUAGAUGUAAUUGUUGUUCAAACAACAUUGGUGCACAUGCAAAUGAAUAUGUUGAUGAUAUUGCACGGCGCUGAGGUCAUGACUUAUUUUAAGUUCAAGUAAACCUUUCAUUCGAGUCAGCAGAGAUGUUUAGUAUAUCGUGCAGUGUAUAUGUUUUCACUUGAUGGGUUUCCACAUUUUAUGCAUACAAAUUUUUUUUACAGAAUGCUUUAUUGGUUGUGUUCAGUCUACAUUUACCUCACUAACACUUUUUAAUAAAAUAACAGAGAUACUACAAGCACUCUGAUUGGUCAAAAUCCGUCAAUGAUUGCACUGGUAAACCCAUAGAAAUUGAAGUUUAUUUUAAUAGUAUUAUUUUUAAUUACUUUUACCAUGAAGGUGCAGGACUCACAAAAGAGCAAGGCUCCAAAUUAAUUGUGCCCUUAAGAGAGGCACUGUGAAAGUAAAGCGUCUUGCUCAAGAACACAACGGGUUGUCCUAGCCAGGUCUUGAACCAAGGCCACUCAACCUGAAGUCCAGUGCACUGACCAUUAGACCACUGUGCCUCUACUUUUUAAGAGAAAUAGAGUGGUAGUGUACUUUCUAGUGGUUUACUAGUGUAAUAACCCACUUGGGGUGUAAGGAAAACACUAAAAGAGUUGUAAAUCACUCACAUCCAGUAAGACAAAAUAUGUCAAUUAAUUACAUGUACACUGUACUUUACUUCCCCUGCAACAAAGCAAAGUACUUUCUUUAAAAACAAUUGUAAAGUUUUUGAUCUUCAAUUUAGUUUCUCAGAUUCUGACACUUUGACCUCCAAGACAGGGUGUGAAAUUGAUUUUUUUUUCUGAUAGCCUCUCGGCUCCUAAAUUUUUCAAAGUGGUAGCCAAUUCAAAAAUAGUUGGUCGCCAUUUUUAAAGAUAAACAAAACCCUUGUUUUUAUGCCGUCAGCAUUCUAGAUAGACCUUCCAAAAUUAAGUUCUACAAAGUGGACACUAGGAUUGAUGAUAUACUACAUUAAAGCUUAACUAAAUCCAAGAUGGCAUCUAGUCAUCGAUCGAGAUGCAUGUGCUGUGUUUUGGAAACAAAUUUAAUGAGGAAGUUUGCCACGGAUUUAUCUUUGCAAAUCUUUGUAAUUCACUAUAUCUCUAGGUGUGGUUAUCAUGAAGCAUUCUAGUUGCCAAUUUGGCAACUACUUUCGAGGAUUUGGUCGCCAAAAUGAAAAAUUUAGUUGCAUUGGCACCUGUACUAGGUGCAAUUUCACGCCCUGCAAGAGCGACAAAUAUCUAAUUUUUACCUUACCAUAUCACCCUUAAAUCGCACAUUAAGGUCAAUAGAAUAAAAGAAAGAUCACUGACCAAAGAAGCUCACCAUUGAUUAUGAAAUUCUCCUUGUCAGCACUUAAGAAAAUGUAUAAGAAACAAUAUGGAGAAUAACAUGUAUGCUGAUGUUAGGGUGUAAAGGGUUAAUUGCUUUAUUUCUUUGCUGUUAUUUGUAGGGUAUUGGCGGUGUCAUGAUGGGUGUUGGCUUCUGGGCAGUGACACAAAAGAGUGAUUACAAAGAAUUCUCCAGCAUUUCGACAGAUCCAGCCGCUGUCAUGAUAGCUGUUGGUUUUUUCAUCUUCUUCAUUUCCUUCUUUGGCACAGUUGGUGCUCUAAGGGAGAACAUCUGCUUUCUCAGAACUGUGAGCUCAUUUUAUGUUGCAUUUUAGGUUCACACAUUGACAGUAGUCUACAUUCCUUAUAGUACAGUAUAUCAUAGCACUAAAAUUUUUUUUAUCUUCAUGUACUUGGAAGAUAUGAUUAAAGUACUAAACAUGUACUACAUGUAUUUUGGUCCCCUUAAAAUGUAUCUUUGGGCUGCACUGAACACUACAUCUGUUGCUUUUGUACUACCAUCCCAUUUGGACUCAGUGUCAUUCAUAUAACAGCUAAACAUUACCUUGCACAUGUGCAUGGACAGUUUACAAAUGUACUUUUGUAUUAAGAUGCUGGGUACAUUUGCAUGUAAGUUAAUGGUGUAGGUUUCCACGAAUAUUUUCAUAUUUUUCUGGCCUCUUCUACGUUAUGUAUUUGUACACCACAGUGGUGAUUACUUAUCAUAGAGGUGAUAGGAUUCACUUUUGCAUAAACAUGCGCCACUGUUAACUUUGAUUUUUUUUCUUUUGCCCUUUUUUAGUACAUGAUUGUCAUGAUAAUCAUUGUCAUUUUGGAAGUGAUAGCAGGACUACUUGCUUUUGCAUUUUGGCCAGAGGUAAUAGUAAUUUCUUGAUUUUUGGGUGUUUGCUUUAAUGUGAGUGUAUUUCAUGAGUUUUUGGUGCAAGUGAUGUUUAUAAAGUUUUCAUCACUGCGUGAGUGGCAGACAAGUGUCAUUUGAAAACCUUUGAAAGCUCACCACUGAUCAUACAUUAAAUUAUGAUAUUUAUACCCAGUUCAUGCAGUUUUUUUGUUCAUUUUAUUCUAGAUAAAGAUCACUUAAAGUGCAAAUGCUACAUGUUCUCUUCCCCCCAUGCAAAUGUCUUGAUUCCUUUCCAGUUUUAUUGAUAUCAAAUGAACAUGGUUUCUCUUGAAUUAAUAUUUUUGGGAAAAAAAUCCUCACUUUUUAGUUCUCUUUGAGAAAAAAAGAGUGUAAUUCAGUGAAAUCCUGUCAUACAAUCUAUAUCCUUUUUAAGCUCACCAUGUUGACCAGCCUGUUGAGAGCAGACCAUGUCAUGUGGAAUGCAUUUCAUGGAAUUUUUAUUGCACCAUGUAAUUACUGAUAAUUAUAAGUACAACCUGUAUACAUUUUUGUAUAUUAACCCUUUAAGCCCUAAUAGUGACCAGCAUCUAAUUUCAGAUUGCGAGAAUGAGUGAAGUGAAUUUACCAAAGAUGAAAUGUCUUGAUCUUUGAACAAAUUCUCUCAAUCAGUAAAAUGAAAAACAUAUGGAGAACAGUGAUUAGAAUAUACAUGUUGAUAUCAGGGCAUAAAGGUUUAAGAAUAUGGGAAAUUAAUCCCUUUUUUAACUAGUACAUGUAUAGGUAUUUACAUCAUUCAAUCUUCUCCUUUGAGAUGCUAAUCAGUAAAAUUUACUACAUGUUGCACCUCUUAUUACCACCUAAAAUUGCCUGGAAUUCCUAAGAAGAAGAAGGAUUUCUCUAGUCAGGGUUUGAAAAUUUCUCUUACCUGUGGUAUUUAAAAUAAAGGAGAACACUGUACGAUGUGCAUUAGAUUGCUGACAUGAACAAUGAAUACAAACUGUAAUACUAAUAUUGAUACCUGAAACAACAGGUUCAGAAAUCUGUGGACAAUCAAUUUAAGAAAGCAAUUGAGAAGUACAGAGAUGAUCCUGACCUUCAGAAUGCAAUUGAUGCUGUCCAAGAGGGUGUAAGUAUAUUCUACUCUUCUUCACUUAUGUCUGUAAAUUUUUGCCCUCUUGGGUGCAAUACAUGAAUGAAACUGCUCUGCACAUUGACAAAAUACAUGGGGUCUUUCUUCCACUCGGUGAUAACCUUGAGUAUGAAUGUUAUCAUAGCUUUGAUCAGUUCAUUCAGCUGUACAUGUCCUUUGUGAUUAGUCAAAAGCUAGCCCUUGAUCCAUUGAUAUUUUGAGGGGUAUGUGUUGUAAUAAGGUGUAGAAAUUGGCUUCUAUUUUGCCUUUAUUCAAAGUACUUGUGCUUGGUUGUAAUAGAAUGGUUUUUAGUAUCAGUAUAAUGUAAACCUUUUACUCUUUAUUUCAUAUUAGUAAUAACUAUUGUAAAUGGCAGCUGAAUAUAAUAAUUCACAUAGAAGUUGGUACUGUAAAGAUAUAUAUUGCUAUAAUUUAUUUUUAGCAUUAUUGUUUGUGUUUAUGAUAAGUAUUACUACAGUGUUUCAUUACCAACUGCACAAAUUAGAGUACAAAUAAUUUACAAAUAAUUUGCAAAUAGAGUGCAAAUAUCCUGCAACAUUGAACAGUUGGUUAUUUUGUACUGUAAAAAAAUCCUGUUCUACUGAUUGUCUGCAUGCACUACACUUUCUAUCUGCCUUGCUUUUCCUGCCUUAUGAGAAAUUAGCAGAAAAUAAAGCAGUUGGAGAAUGAAAAACAUAUUAGACAUUUUGGUGUGUAGUAUUGCCUUGUAUUUUUACUGGUUGUUUGUAUUUUGACUUGCGCUACAGGCUUGUUAAAAUACAGCAUAAUUAACUCAUAAAAAUACUUGGCAAUAAAACACUCCAAAAUGUAUUGUACAUAUAAGAAUAUGUCUUAGAAUAUAUGUGUAUAUAAUACAGUAUGAUUUGGCUAUUUUAAUUUGACAGUUCAAGUGUUGUGGAAGCACAGAUCUUAAUGACUGGAACACCAAUCGCUACUUCAGAUGUGGUGGGCCUUCUCCUGAGGAGUGUGGUGUUCCUCAUACUUGCUGUGUGCGUCCAGAAGACCAGGUAUGGCGAAGUCCAAAAGUAAUCAUGCAAAAUUGUGUUUCAGCAAUCCUUCUUAUUCCAGAGUAAAAUCAAUGAAAGACAAAUACAAAAAACUGAAAACAGUGUAAGUUUCAUACAGGAAAUGUCUCUACAAAUUAAUGAAAUAAAAACAAGCACAAUGGCUAUGCAGUGUUGCUCUUCCACCCUAUUAACUUUGGACAAUAUACAUAGAACAAUAUACAUUGUCCAUGUACACUGUACAGAUCCAAGGCAAUAGAGAAGGACAUGCCUUUUUUUUUUUUUUUUAAUAAUUUUUCAUGGGCUAUCAUUAGUGUUUUCAGGAAACCAUUUGUGAUAAGAAAAGAGUUAAUGGAAAACUUUCAUGCCACAAUAACUAACAAGCAUAUUGAGCACAAAAUGAAAUAAUGUACUGUAUGCUGUAAUGUUUUCCACCCAUUGCAAUGGAUAAAAUGUUAGAAGCUUCUAGAUGUGAAAAGAAACUAAAUGGCAAGAAAAUACUUUCGUUUCUUACAUUGUCACUCAGAAAUUUUGUUGAAGUUCUUAAUAACUUUUCAAACUCCUUUAGAAAACUCAAAAGUCAAAAUGGGUCUUGAUCCCUGAAGUCAUUAAGGAUUACCCAUUUAGCUUUGACUGAUUGUUUUAAGUACUGGUACAUGCAAUAUUUGACUGGUGAUAUGUACAUGUAACUCAUGCUGUAUGUGAAAUAACAAAUGUUUCCUGUUUUGUUCAACUUUCAGAAACCUAACAUUCAAUGUGGCUGGCAUGUUAGAAAGCAGCAUGUAAGUAUUGUCUUUUGCCACAAUUCACAGGGAGGACACUUUUACCCCUCUCACAUGUUCCUCUUGUUCGUUGUGUGGUGUAAGUGUGUGUAAUAGACCUUUUUGGGGGUGGGAUCUUACAACAAUGGGACUGUGCAUAUCAGGUAUAGAGAUCUUAGCCCAGAGAGAGAGAGAGAGAGGGAGACUAUUAACCUGCGUUUCUAGCAUUUACACAUAUUCCCUUAGCAUAGAAAUGCAAAAAGUACAUGUUCUGUUGGUGGGCCAUACUGAAAAGAAGAAAACAAUAGCCAUCAAACUUAUUUAGUGUCUUCUUUGUUUUCAUAAAUGAUAUUUACCAGCAAAUUGUUAAUUGCCAAAAAAUAAAAUUCCAUUAAUGGACAUUGUUUGAGUCUAGGAAUUUUCAUGUUGAAUGUAAUCAUGGUCUCUACAUUUACCUCCCUUUUUGUUUAGCGUUUGGCUUUAAAAAAUAAAAUCCACAUAACUGGUUGCCUGGAUGCAGUGGGGGAAUGGUUCAGGAAUCAUCUUGUAAUUGUUGCUGCAGUUGCUGUGGCUUUUGCCUUCCCUGAGGUAAAAAUCUCAAGUUUUGGUGCUAAUCUCAAUAAUGCUUAGUCACGCAGAGUUAACUUAUGAAUACAAGUUAUAAACCUUUACCUCCCAGGGUCUAAUUAGUAACUCUCUCAGCACCCUCUGUAUUUAUCCUAGUCCAAUAAUGAAGAUAAUGUGUGUGCUGUGUAAAGAUAACACUACCAAUGUUAAAUUCAUUAAAUCUUUAACCGAGAGUAGCAUCAAACCAUGUCUGACCACCAAACUGGUUGGUUUUGUCUUAUUCUCAUCCUCUCUCUGCGAGAUAAGUUUUAAAAAUUGUGAGAUGUUGAUGACUCGCGUCUGCAAAAUCCAUGGAAAAGGGAAAAGAACUGAGACACAUUUUAGUAUCCAGGCUCCUCUUCUACAAAAUUCAGAGACAUCAAAGUUUUGAAAUUUGAAUGCGUUAUAUGUAUAUUUUUGUUAUGUUUCGUACAUAGAUUAUGCUUGGAUUUUUUGAUGAAUCUACACAGUGCUCUCAACAGAUUACAUUUUUCUUCUCGUGUGUGACAGGUUGCUGGAAUUGUCAUGACCCACCUAUUCAUCGGACAGAUUAAUGAACAGAUUGAAUCCUGGAAAAACCCUCCAAGGUACAAGUACAGACCCAGUCAGGAUGUGAACGGAAGAAGUGGACCCUUCUACUAACCUCUCCUUCAGUUGAUAAUAGUUCCGAAUCCAAUUCUUUGGUAAAUGUACACUUAGUUACACGUCGAUGAACGAAGCAGAUUUCUUAUCAAUGUUGCCUCUAAAAGUACAUGUACUUUUUAUUCUUACGUGACACAUCCCUUCCAUGGACAAGGGAAAUUCUUAGUCAGUCACGUUACCUACGACCGCUCAGCUUUUUUUAUGUGUAAAUCACCAAACUGUUUCGCUUUUGUCACUGGUUGCUUGUUUCACUCAGCAGUAACAGGUGUACAGAAUGUAAAAUGAGCUUCCAUGGACUUUGCGUAUUGGUCUCCUUUCCAACUUCCAAGCAAAACGAUUUCAGAACUUUAUCGACAAGUAGUACUUCAUGUGAUAUUUCAUGUUGGCGUCCUCUACUUCAUAACUAACUCGUUAAGUCUUGCGCGCGUGUAGCUGUAAGUUGAAGUUUUACUCUUGAGUGAUUUUGUCCCAACUCGAAGGGUGCAGCCGAGAGGAAACUUUGCAUUAAGAGCCGUCUACGUGUAAAUUAAUGCUAGGUAAAGGGAUGAUGGGGGAGGGGAGGGAGAAGGUGCAAAAAAACCUUGCGAAACUAUUCCCAUGAAACUCUUUCAUUUUCAUGCAAAGUGUUUUAGUCGGUUUGCAUGUCAACUCGUGUACACUACGAUAUGUCUCUCGCCAACGGGCCUCAUCCUCUUGUACUCCAGAGUCUGAUUUCUAUUCAAGUUAAGUGUGUCUGCUUACGAUGGUUAAUGUCGACCUAACAAUUUUCUGGCCCUAAUUAGACACUUUUUGUAAAAGUUGUAGAGCUGUAUAAACUUUCACAAGUAAGCUUUGAACUGAAUGCCUCAUAGGUCAAUUCUAAAACGUAGAUAACGUUUAAAAAAUUAGCGAGUAGGUUCCUGAUUUAAACCAAACUUAGGUUUUUGUAACAUAUACCGAAAGGUGUCGAUACUUUCUUGUAGUAAUUUGAUAAGAAAGCCGAGCUACUACAGCAACAAUUAAAAAUUAGCGAGUAGGUUCCUUAUAUAAACCAAACACAGGUUUUGUAACAUAUACCGAAAGGUGUCGAUAUUUUCAUGCAGUAAUUUGAUAAGAAAGCCGAGCCACUACAGCAACAAUU